UUGACCCCCCGGGGAGCUGCCUGGUGCAGCCACUGCUGUCUACACUCAGCGCCGGGCUCUGGGUUCCAGCAUCUCUGGCAGGAGGAAGCAAGCGGGCGCAGCUAGGCAGUUCGUGGGUUACUGGCUGCACAAUGGCAGAUGAAGCCGGAAAGUCCCAGGCACUGGUUAAAGCUGAGCUGAGUGUCAGCAAAGCCAAGGAUGUGCGGAAGGAGACGGAGUUGAGGAUGAAGUCCUAUGCCAACUGGGAGGAGUUCCUCAUGCCGGCCCCCAUCUCCAUCGCCAUACUGGGGCAGCUGGUUUUCAUUUCAGCAGGGCAGGGAGACUUCUCCAUCAAUAAGAACCCCCCUAAGGAUGGCUUCAAGCACAUCAAAUACCCAGAAUCCUUCAGGGCCUGCCUGUGUCAAGUCAGUAACCAAGGCUGGGCAGCCUUCAACACCGCACACGUCAACAUGGACCAGAUCAGACUCCUCUCCAUGAGCGUCCCUGGACGGAUGAAGGUGAUUGUUAAAAUUCUGUUCCAGGACAUGGAGACGGUGAAUGCCAUGCUGCCGACGCACCUAAAGAACAUGAAGGCCGUGGCAGACGACUGCAAAGCCUUAGCCCAGGCGGUGAAGGACAAGUAUUCAGACGUCAUCUACCUGAUCCAGGAGCUGAUGGAGGCCUGUUUGAACGCCAAGAAAGGUUACGAGGAUGAGCUGAAAGACAUCCAGAUAGCCCUGCAGCAAGAACAGAUCAAGGAGAAAGCAGCCAAGGAGGCACAGAAGCUGGCCGAGCAGUAUCACAACCAGAUGAAGCAGCAGGUCGAUGAAUCUUUUAACCAGUACAAGGAAGCCAUGAAAGCCAUCCCCACAGGGUGGGAUGCUGUGGGCAUGACCGUUGUGGAGAAUAUUACAGAUGGAAUGACCAGUUUUAUCAAUGGGUUUACAAGCAUGUUCACGGGAAAACACGGCAAGAUGCAAGCUGGGAAAAUGAAAGCCAGUGCAGCGGCUGGCCCAGAGGAAUUCAACCAUGGAAGCAUAAUGCCGGCACUCAGCAUUUUUGCCAAGUCAGAAAUGCUACUGACGUUUGCAACGCAGCUCAAAGAGCUAAGCGAUGAGCACGAUGGCCUCAACAUGAAGAAAGUCGUCAAUGAGAAAACUCAGAAAGUUAAUACCAACUGGCUGAAAGACAGUUUCCUAAAGACGAAGAGCAGCAUAGACACGGAAAAUAUGUGUGAGCCAAAAAAUCAAGCUCAAGAGAUCUGCGCAUCUGGCCUCCGUAUCUGUGAACAGCUGGAAAAGAUGGCCUUGUCCCAAAACAAAGGAAAGGAAGAAGAGAAGUCUCUCACUGAAGAUAUCAAACGCUUAUACCAAACAGCAUCAGAAUUUGAUUCACACAGUAAAUCCUCAGUGGGAUCUCCUGCCUUCACCGCCAAGCCGCUGAACGUGGCUAAAUGUCAGCAAGGCUCAACGGGAGGAUCCAGUGCCCUGCGAAAUGCACAUUUGAAGGUCGAGCAGAGCCGGGAGAUGCUGAAGUCGACUCAGGAUGAGUAUCAGAGGAGCUUUGAGAACUUCAAGAAGCAGAAUGAUGAGCUGAUGGAGAUCAUGUGCACCAUGGAGAAAUGCAAGGUGCAAGAAAUCGAUUUUGAGAUGGCGCGGAAGAUGCUGAUCAAAGGGCUGGAGGCCCUGGGGAGGGUGAAGGAGCAGUGGGAGAAGAUGGUGAGGUUCUUCCAGAUGAUCUCCAGCCUCAUUGACUCCUGCCUCAGUCGGGACAUCAAGGAAUUUGUGAGCUCUGUCUCAGAUGUGCAGAAAAUUGAAAAUUAUUCCUCCAAAUCCUUCGUGAUAGACACCAUCUACACCCAGGCAUUCAACGCUUCCAACGUGGCCCACCUGGUGCACAUGAUCUCUGAGACCUACACCGAAGUGUCCAAUAAUUACCUGAUGGAUCGCGUGAGCAGCCUGGGGAGACUGAUCGCCAUGGAACCUUCCGACCCGAGCUUCCAGUCUGAGCGGGAGGCAUUACAGAAAGGUUGCAAAGAGGCCCGCCAAGCCAUCUACGACAUGGUGAUCGAGAAGAAAAAGGAGUUUGAUAGGAGUGUCGAGGCCAGGGUGGAGACGAUCGACAGAGAGCUGAAGGCCGUGCUACCCCCCGUGAGCGUGGAAGAGCAGAAGGCAAUUGAGGGAGCGGUGAAACGGGGGAUGAAGGAGCUGACCGUGGAGGAAGAAGACCUAUUUGAGUAGAUGGAUGCAUUGGUGGGGUCCGAGCUACUGGCUCAUGCUAUGGGGAGUCUCCCUAAUCAACCAAUCAUAGCCCCACCUCGCUUCGCUCCAAAUAUGAUCUUUGCUUUGCAAGACCCGAGCUUGAGAAAGGCCAGCUUUGCAGUCAAGGUGCUGCGCGAGGACCCGCCACAUGCUGUCCUUUGUGACCCUGGGCAAGUCACUUUGUUUCUCUGUGCUUGGGCUUCACAUCUGUAAGAUAGGGAUGUAUCGUUACCCCAUCUCAGCCACAGGGUAGGGGGGGAGGUGAGACACUUAGGUAGUAGUUGGCCCUGAUAAGAACCUACAGAGAGAUUCAUGGAGGGGGGAGAUGAGGAAAAUGCCCAUUCUCUAUGAAGCAGGAUUUAUAGAUUUUAGAAACAUCACAAGCGACAGAGCUCCCGCUACUUGCGCUGGAGAGCAAAUUCCACCUUCAAUAACCCAGGAGAGAUUUGCGUUGACAGAGGGGGGUGGAGGGGGCUGGGAGCCAGGACUCCUGGGUUCCAGUCAGUCUUUCCUGUGUCUCACUUUGUUAGCUGAAGGGCAAGUCACUUCCCCACUCUCUGGGCCUCACAUCUGCAAGAUGGGGCCAUAGCACUUGCUAGACACACAGGGCCAGGUGUUCAAGGUAUUUAGUCACCUAAUGGUGCAGGUCCCUUCCAACCCUUAUAUUCUAUGAUUCUAUGAUUGGCACCUGGUGGGAUUUUAAAUUGGAUUGCAAGGGGAAUUAGGCACCUAGUGGAUUGCAAGGGGAGUUAGGCACCUAACCAGCUUCGGCACUUUUGAGAGUCCCCCUAGGUCCCCAUCUGCACUGUUAGGUACUUAAAUCCUUUCGGAAACCUGGCCCGCAGGGGUAUGGCCUGAGGAGGGCCCAUCUUGUGCCUACUAAGGGUGAGGCAAAACUCCCUUUGAUUUCGACGGGCCCAGGGUUCUUCCUGACAGGUGGAAGGAAAUCAGAAGCUGGCGUAGCUGCCUCACUUACUCUGAGUAGCUCCCCCGAGGCGCAUGGGGGGAUUCAGCCAGAGGGCGGUGCACUGCGCACACCUGGCAUGGAGCCGACCAUCCCGUGUGAGUGGCCCAGUCGGUCCCUGGAUUUCCUGCUUUGCGAUGGCGCAGCGCUGAGCACUUCCAAUAAAGCCUCUGGCAUUUACUAGCAUUCAGGAGCCUGUUGUCGUCGUUAUUUAGUCGAGGAAUGCAGAAUUAACGUUCUGCGCAGAAUUUCAUUGUUCCCUGCAGAACUGGCGCUGCAGAGCUCCUGGCCGCCCUUAGGGACCCCUGGACCCAGCAGAGCCUGGCUCCCCACAAACAGAGGGCACUGCGGAGAG